GGCGAUUUCGUGGACCGCGGGUACUAUUCGUUGGAAACGUUGACGCGAUUGUUGACAUUGAAGGCGCGCUUUCCCAACAAAAUCACGCUUUUGCGCGGAAACCACGAGAGCCGACAAAUCACUCAAAUCUACGGCUUUUACGGCAAGUCUUCCGCUUUUUUCGGCCCUUUUCACGACUCUCUCUCUCUCUCUCUCUCUCUCUCGGCAGACGAGUGUCAGACGAAGUACGGAAACGCCAACGCAUGGAAGUACUGCCAGAAGGUGUUCGAUCUCCUCAACAUCGCGGCCGUGAUCGACGGGCGCGUGCUGUGCGUCCACGGAGGCCUCUCGCCCGAAAUCAACGCUUUGGACCAAAUCAAGACUCUGGAGCGCAAUCAGGAGAUCCCAUAUAAGGGCGCCUUCUGCGACCUCGUCUGGUCCGACCCCGAGGAGGUGGACACGUGGGCCAUGAGUCCGCGGGGCGCAGGCUGGCUGUUUGGCGCGCGCGUCACGCAUGAGUUCAUGGCUCUCAACAAUUUGGAUCUGAUCUGUCGCGCGCACCAAUUGGUUCAGGAAGGCUUCAAAUACAUGUUCGACGAGAAGCUCGUGACGGUUUGGUCGGCGCCCAACUAUUGCUACCGUAAGGAGAGUGCGAUCUCUAUUACAGGUGCGCCAAUGUGGCCGCAGUGCUCGCCUUCCGGUCGGUGGACGNGAGGAAUGGGUCGCACAGACGGACAGACGAGUAACGCGUUGGCCGUCGAGUUGGACGCCAACGGCGACGUCCGCUACGACGCCCUCUUGCGACAGAACGCCGCCAAAGACAAAGUGGUUUACCAUCGGCUUCAGGAUCUGUUGCCGCAGGAAAUGGUGGACGAAGACGCGCUCCAGAAGCCCGACGACCAGCAGAUCCACGACAAGACGGAGGAGACGCGACUCGCUCUCCAACGCCUGACGCAGACGAAGAUCGCGGCCGCCCUUCCGGUGCGCGCAGCCGAGAAGACGGCGCCUGCGCAGUACAUCCGCUACACGGCCUCCCAGUCCUCUCAGGAGUUCAACUCCGGCGCCGAUCAGCGCAUCAUUCGAAUGGUCGAAGUGCAGAAGGAUCCGCUGGAACCGCCGCGAUUCAAGAUCAACAAGAAGGUGCCGCAGGCGCCGCCCUCUCCGCCGCCUCCUGUCAUGCAUUCGCCGACGCGAAAGGUGUCGGUGCGCGAGCAGCAGGAGUGGCGCAUUCCUCCGUGUAUUUCCAACUGGAAGAACGCCAAGGGAUACACCAUUCCUCUGGACAAGCGGUUGGCGGCCGACGGACGCGGUCUUCAACAGAUCCACAUAAACGAGAAUUUCGCGAAACUCUCAGAAGCGCUGUAUGUGGCGGACAGGAAGGCGAGAGAGGCGGUGGAGACGCGCGCGCAGAUGGAGCGCAAGAUCGCGCAGAAGGAGAAGGAGCGCAAAGAGGACCACUUGCGGGCGUUGGCGCAAAAGGCGCGCGAAGAAAGGGCCGGCAUUCGGGAGGCGUCGCCCGACGAGGAGGCGCGCGAACGCGAACACAUCCGUCACGAGCGCCACAAAGAGCGUCAGCGCGAACGCAACAUCCAGAGAGCAGCCCCCGAAAAGCGGUCGCGUCUGGAGCGCCAACGAGAGCGCGACGUCUCGGAGCAGAUUGCGCUCGGAGUGGCGAAUCCGCGCGCGUCGUCUGACGUCCAGUUCGACGAACGCCUCUUCAACCAAAGCAAAGGCUUGGCGUCCGGUUUCCACGACGACGACGACUACACCGUUUACGACAAGCCCUGGCGCAGCGCUCAGGCGGUCGCCAACAACCUGUACCGCCCGUCGCGCGCCGCCCGCGACGAAGACACGUACGACGACGACAUGGACGCCCUCACGAAGACCUCGCGCUUCGCGCCCGACAAGGAGUUCGCGGGAACCGACCGAUCGGCCAAACGCGACGGUCCCGUUCAGUUCGAGCGCCAGGAGGAGGAGGAUCCGUUCGGUUUGGAUAAGUUCUUGACGGAAGUGAAGAAGUCGAGCAAACGCGCCGAACAGCCGACGACAGCUGACUCGAGAGGCGCUUCCAAACGACGCAAAGACUGA